AUGGAAUAAUAAAUAGCUUAAAACAGCGAAUAAGACAUUAAAACUGUGUUUGAUAGAUUUGAUUACAUAAAAACCAAAGUUAAUAAUGAAUUUGAAUAAAUUUCUAAUGGAAGAAUAGUUCUUAUAUUUCUAGGAAAAUUUGAAUAACAAUUUGAUACUUUCUAUUAACAUUUUAUCAUUAAGCAAGUUCUUUUAGACACCGAAUAUUAUAAAUUAAUUAGAAUAGAAAAAUAAGGAAAAAUUAGUUAUCUAUUGAAUUUUCCUUUGAUCUUAUAAUAUAAUUAACAAGAUAAUUUAAUAUAAUAGAAUCUAUGUAUUUCAAAAAUAUAUGCUGAAAAAGCUUUUCAGAAAAUGCAAAAAUGCAAAUUUCAUUUAAUUGUAGAUGCAAAUUAAAUAUUUGGAUAGGAUACAAGAGAGAAGGUAAUUAUUAUUAGUUGUGAUUCAGUUUUUCAAUUUGGAAAAUAUUAUUUUUAAGAAAAUUCAUUUUCAUUGCUGAUACCAUCAUAAGAUAGGUGGAAUUUAUGUAAAGUUACUAAUUAAAAUGAAUAUAAUUCUAGAGUAGUUAAUUAUAAUGAAGUUUUAAAGAAUAUCUUUUAAAUUAACUCUUACACAUCCCUAAAAAUAAUUUAAUCAGAUGAUUUUUUGAAUUAUGGAAAAAUGAUGCAUUACUUAAAAAAAAAUUAAGAUCUUUUAAUAAAUUUAUUUAAUGGUCUAUUAAGCAAUUUUUAAAAGCAACUUUUGUUCUUAUAAUAAAUGCCAAUAAUACUUUGUCAAGAUGACACCAAUUAAAAAGUUGAAAGAUAUUUAAAAGAAUUAGAAAAAGAUCUUUUGAAUAUUCAGAAUCCUUUAACUCAUAGUUUUGCUAACAUGAAGAAAGUUUUUACCUUAAUAAAUAAAAUUAAUAAAGGAAACAUAGCAUUAGAGUUAAAUGAAAGAAUUAAAAGAAAAAACAGCAUAUAAAUGAAAUAGUUCUUAAUUGACAAUAAUAUUUAAAAUAUAAUUAUUCAACCUAUUUUUAAUGAUGAAUUUGAAAAUAAAUUAAAUGAAAUCUUAGCUUUUUUUGACAAAUAUGAUAUAAGUUCAUAAAAAAUUAAUAAAAUUACAGAAUUUAACAAUUUGAAAAUCAAUCUUAAAUUUUGGUGUGAAAAUUGUGAAUAAUUAAUAGAAAAUACUCUUUAUGAACUUAAAUAUAUAGUAAAGAGAAUACAAGAAGGACCGAAAAAUAAAAUUGAAAAUGGAAUCUAUUUUAUAGGAGUAACAAAAUCAGGAAAAUCUACAAUAGUUAAUUCAAUUAUUAAUCCUAAUAAACUUUAAAGUAAAAAAAUUUUAGGUUAGAAAUGUAACUUAAUUUAACAAGGAAUUUAAACCAAAUUUAAAAUUGAUUAAGGAGAAAUUAGUGAGACUUAAAAAAUUAGUGGAAUUUAUACAGGUUAAAAGGAAGAGCUUACUCAAUUCUUUAAUAAUUAAGGAAAUAAUGAAUAAGAAUAAGAUGUUAUAAGUUGUGAAGAAUUACUAAAUGUUGGAUUCAUUAAUUAAUUACCUUAAAAUUUGUUUAUUUUUGAUUGUCCUGGUUUUGAUGAUAAUAGAAAUGAAUUAAUGAGAAUUGCUCAUAGAAUAAGUUUGUAUAACUAUUUCCAUUAAACUAAAAAUAUCAUUGUUUUUUUUGUGAUGGACAUUUCAAACUAAAAAUUUGAACAUAUUUAGAAUACUUUUGAUCCAAUAUGUUGUCUAUUAAAGAAUAAAAAUGAUAUAGAAUAAAAAUUUAAGAGUUGGACGAAUCUCAUUUUAACAAAAGCCGAAAUAAAUUAAAGAUAAGAAUAUUUAGACGAUUGGGAAAUAGCCUUUAGAGGAUAAUUAGAAUAAAACUAUAGCUUCUAUAAAAAGCUAUUUAAAGAUGAUGAAACUUGUUUAGAAUUUCUAAAACCAGCAUAAGAUGUUAAUUAAGAUAUUUUUAGAUUAGCAAAAUCUAUUACUGAAAGAGUGUAGAAGUAACUUUAGUAAGUAGAAUGCAAUCCUGACUUUGAACUUAUCCUUGAUGAAAAACUCUGGAUGCUAUAUUUAAAAUGUAUGCCUAAAAUACAGAAAAGAUUAGAGUAAAUAUUUCAAUUAUUUUUUUCGUAAAUAGAUUAAUACAUUUUGAAUAGUAAUGAAAAUCUAGAGAUGAUAAAGGAAUAAAUGUUAAGACUUAAAUAUUGUUUACUUAAUUAAGAAUAAUAUAAAAUUAUUCAUGGAUUGGAUUUGAAUAAUUGUAUAUCUAUACUUUAAAAGAUAUCAUAAUGGAUCUAGGGUAAUUAAAAUAUUAAAGAAAUUUGUUUUUUACUUGAUGCAUAUAUCAAUGAUAUAUAGUCUAUUUUUAAAAUAUCAGAAUAUUGCAAGAAUACUUUGAUAUUGCAAUUUGAAGUCAAAAUAGAUAAGUUAGUUAGCAAGAUUGAAACUAUCCUUAAGAUGAUUGAAGAGACAUAUAAUUAUUAUAGAAAUCAAUAAAGAUUCAAAUCAUGCGCAUUUAAUAGCAUAAUUAUUAUAGUACUGCUUAGUGGAGCUUAUGCAAGUGUAUCAUCACCAUUUAUAUAGCGUGAAAUUUCAUUAAUUUUAAUUCUCAUGUCUAGUACAUUAUCACUAGAGUUAUUUACAUUAAAACAAUUAUUUUUAUUUCCUUAACCAGAACUAGUAAUUUAUUUAUUUAAAAGCAAAUAUAAGCUGUAUUUAUAAAAUGAAUAAGAAAUGGAGAAUUAAUGA